GGCUCGGUAUUCUGUAUGAGUCUUAUGAACCUGUUUUUCUGUUGUGUCAGAUCUCUCUGCUGAAGCAGAGCCUGGAGCUACAGAUGUCACAGUCGAAAAGCGCGCUGCAGCAGUUGCAGGCGCAGUUCAGUCAAGAGCGUGAGCACCUGGCGCAGCAGUUGCAGGAGCUGGCGCUGGAGCAUCAGCACAGAGAGUGCCACCUGCAGGAAGCCCACUGCUGCGCCAUGCAGGACAUAGAGGAAGCACAACAAAUGGAGCUUAGGGAGCUUGAGGAGCGUCUAGAACAGGAACAGAGAGAGGAGUUACACACUUUGAGUGAAGCCCACAGACAGACCCUGGAAAUCCUUCAGCAGCAGUCAGACCAGGAGCUGCAGACACUGCGCUUUGAGCUGGAGGAUGAGGGCAAAGCCAUGCUGGCUUCCCUGCGGUCUGAGCUCAAUCAUCUCCACGCUUCUGCCAUCGAACACCUGCGACAAGUACAUUUCAAGGAGAACAAUGCGGCCAAACGAGAGCUGGAUGACACGAUCGAGCGCUGCAAAGAACAUGAACAAGACCUCCUAGGGCGUAUAUCUGACCUGAGGCAGGAGGUGAGCUGCAGGAAGAACCGGAUCGCCGAUCUGGACCAUGAAAUCCAUUCGCUCAAUGAGACCAUCAGCACCUUGACCAAGGAGUUGGAGCUCAAAGGGAAGGAAGUUCUGCGGGUGCGCAGUGAGGCCAAUCUGCAUAUCAGGGCUCAUGAACAGGAUCUCUCUAAGCGCCUCGAGAGGGAGAUUGACGAGCUGAAUGCUUCUCAUAACAGAGAAACCCAGAUCAUGCUGUCAGAUUUUAACAAAGCUCAGGAGCUGCUAAAAGACAAGAUCUCUGCUCUGCAGAUUCUGUUGGAAGGUACGGAGGAGAAGUUCAGGAAUAGAGAAAGCCGACCAGAGGACCUUCAGGUGAUCGCUGGGCUCAGAGAAAUAGUGUCAGAGAGAGAAGCCCUGGUCAAGAAACUUGUGGAUGACAAGAAGUUUUAUCAACUGGAGCUGGUGAAUCGAGAGCCUGGCUUCAACAAGGUGUUCAACACCAAUCCCAAUGUUGGGGUCAUAAACCCCCUUAUAAAGCAUAAGAGUAGAAAACCUGUCAACAGUUUCGCCAGCUCUCCGAACCUAAGUGUUGUUACGACGGAAGGGAUGGCGGGCGGCUCGGUUCCGCCUGCUUGCCUAGAGUCUGUCCCCAACUCCCCCAUUCACCACCAUGAGCUCAGAUCUAACAGUCCUCCGCCCCCUCCAACCCCUCCACCUCAGGCCGACUCCACCCGGAGCCCUCGUAAGACUGAGGAUUCGACUGUAGCACCAAAAGAACAGCAACCACAAGAGCUAUUUUCACAGUACUUCUCCUUUUAAAAUUUUCAAGACACCCAACUGAAGAGCAUGUGAAACUGCAGUUUCCAAUAACCCAUUCGUCUGUUCUUGAUAUCUCACUGUGAGUUUGUUAUUUUCCCUUUUGAUAUGGGCAUUUACUUGAUUUAAAAUGAGAUGCAGAUUCAUUUCAUAUAAUAUUCAUAAAUGUGUCUUUUCUGGAUGGACUAAAACUGUUGGAAUACCAAUGUCUUGCCAGUUUUGAAAUAAAUUGCACAGACACUUACAUAUAUACAUGUGUUAUAUU